AAACCCACCAAAACCGCCCCCCGUCUCCUUCCCCUCCGAGGAAGAGAAGAGAAGAGAGUUUUCCAUUCCGUUGAAUCUCCCCCAGAUUCCCAAAAAUCUUUCGUCCCCGAUUCCCAUUCCCAACCUCUUCCGAUCCCCCUUCCCUCUCCUCUCAGCCAUCGCCAUGAGGGUUUCUUGUAAUUCAUGCCCAUGCACCCGCAUUCUCCUCCCCCCCGCUCGCACCCAAUAACACCCUCUGCAAAUCCGAUCUUGAUUUAGGGGUAGGAGAUUUUUUUUUUUUUGGGAUAGUUUUUGGUUUUUAAAAGGUUUGUUUCUGGGUGGUUUUCGGGGAGAGGGAAGAAGAUGGGUUUGAUAGUGGAAGAGCAGCAGGGCGACGGUGUUCUUGUUCCGCCGAUCAAUUUCUCCAUGGUGGAAGAUGGCAUAUACCGCUCUGGCUUCCCUCAGCCUUCCAAUUUCGCCUUCCUUGGAACCCUAAACCUUCGCUCAAUCAUAUACUUGUGCCCAGAACCUUAUCCCGAAGAAAACAUGAAGUACCUUCAAGCACAGAAUAUUCAGCUUUUCCAAUUCGGAAUUGAGGGAAAGACGGAGCCUUCUGUAUCUAUUCCCAAGGAUACUAUCACGGAGGCUCUCAAAGUCCUAAUUGAUGUGAGGAAUCAUCCAGUUCUCAUCCAUUGCAAACGUGGGAAGCACCGAACCGGGUGUCUUGUCGGGUGCUUCAGGAAACUGCAGAACUGGUGUGUGUCUGCUGUGAUUGAGGAGUACAAGUGCUUUGCCGGGGUGAAGUCGAGGGCCAUGGAUAUGAAAUUUAUAGAGACAUUUGACGUGGCAAGCCUAAGGCAUAGCUUGUAUAGCAUAAUAUUCCAGUACCAAGGCUACGGCUCGAAGAAGAGGCGCCUGCUGAACAAGGAGGAGACUUUGCAGAAACCCCCCAGAAUAACUUCAAAUUAGUUAGUUGGAUUUAUCGGAGACUCUAGAGCGUCCCAACCCCCUGGAUUUCAUUUCUCUGGUUCAAAUUUGGUUCUUUGAAUUACAUGGAUGGAGCAGCUGUGGUUUUUUUUAUCUGCUGCCUAUUUCUUCCUUUUUUCGAGUUUGGUACUCAUCAUACUUUAUGUGGUUGGAUCAGAUUUCUCAGGCAAUAUUCUUCGUAAUACAGGUGGGUCUGGUCUCGUCCAUGGUUUGUUGUCUUGGCAUAGUUUCAUCAAUCUUUUGGUUGUAUAUUCCAAAAUCAGGUUCUAACAACAUCAUGUGGGUGCUUUAGGCAA